UAAAGUUUAUACCUACUCUAACAAAAAUUGAACAUACUGCCAUAAGGUUGUGGUAAACAUGCCUUACACAGAACGAGUAGUUGCUCUAAUAGAUAUGGAUUGUUUUUACUGCCAGGUAGAGGAAAAGUUAGAUCCUAAUUUAGCAGGAAAACCCAUUGCUGUAGUACAAUAUAAUCAGUGGAAAGGCGGUGGCAUUAUUGCAGUUAAUUAUUUGGCACGUGAAAAAGGCGUAACGAGACAAAUGAGAGGUGAUGAAGCCAAAGAAAAGUGUCCAAACAUACAGUUGCCACGUGUUCCUCAAGUCAGAGGAAAAGCAGAUCUUACCAAAUAUCGAGAAGCUGGAAAGCAGGUGGCCGAAGUUUUGAAAUCUUUCACAAAUAUUCUAGAAAGAGCUUCAAUCGAUGAGGCAUAUUUAGAUCUGACCGAAGCGGUUAAUACUGAACUCAAAAAUGGUUUUCCUAUUAUAUCUUUGCAAGAUUUGUCAAACACAUUCGUUGUUGGUCAGGAAACAGCUGAUUUUCUUGCAAAUAUUAGUCAGAAUCGAAACAGUGGUUUUUAUGAAGAUGAUAUUAAGUUAUUAGUAGGGGGAUUAAUCGUGGAGAAAAUACGAGCAGAGGUGUAUAAAAAGACAGGCUACAAAUGCUCGGCUGGUAUUGCACACAACAAAAUCUUAGCAAAAUUAGUGUGUGGUCUACAUAAACCGAAUAAACAAACAAUCCUUCCACAAGGGGCUGUACCACAAAUGUUUGCCAGUUUACCAAUAAGGAAAAUCAAAAGCCUUGGAGGAAAAUUCGGUCACAUACUGUCGGAAACACUCAAUAUUAACUACAUAGGAGAACUCUUGAAAUUUACCGAAAAAGAACUUGUUCAGAGGUUCGAUGAGAAAACUGGACGUUGGUUGUAUAACAUUUCAAGGGGAAUCGACAGAGAUCCAGUUCAAGUGAAACUUAUUUCCAAGUCAAUUGGUUGCUGUAAGAGGUUUCCCGGUAGAACCUCCUUAUGCAAAGGAGAUGAGGUGGAACAUUGGAUGAAGGAGUUGAGCAGUGAGAUUUCAGAUAGACUAGAUGAAGAUUUAAAAGAAAAUAAUCGAAAAGGAAGGCUUAUGACAGUUAGCUUUUCGCAAAUGACAAAUCAAACAGAAAUCAGUAGUACUCGAGCAGUACCACUAAAAUCGUAUGAAAUUGAAAAAAUAUGGCAGCAAUCCAUGGAAGUAUUACAUAAGUAUUGUCAGAAAACGGACGGUUCAUAUCACAUAACAUUUUUGGGUUUGAGUAUUGGAAAUUUCGAAGAUAUCAAAAAUGUAAAGACCAUAACUUCAUAUUUCAGCAAAAUUAACAAAGUUUCUCCAGAUCCAAAAAAAAUUGAAAGCGUCAGCGAUUCUUAUCGAACUAAUCCAGAUUACAUGAUAAAAGAGGAAAAAUCUGAAACAAAAAAUAAAAUAGAAGACACUACUAGUAAUAAGAAUUGUGCACAGGAAUCAGAUAUUUCAGAUUCUGAUGAAAAAUCAGUUUACUCCAAUACAACCAUUGAAUUGGAGGAAAAUCCAGAAGAUUUAAUUUUCUAUGAUGAUUCUUUGAGAUCUGGAAGUGGUGAAAAUCCAAUCUUUACCUCUGAGAAGGCUAUGAAUGUUGGAAACAUGGACUUGAUUGAAAAAGUUCUAACAAAUGCAAGCUCGGAGGAGAAUUCUUUCAGAAGCAGGAUGUAUUCUAAUGAUUUUUCAAGUUCUACUUCUCCAGUGCUUUCAUCCAGAAGACAUGAUGAUAUGGAAGAUGAAAUUGAUUCUUCAAAGGAAAUAGAACGUGAUUUUGAUACGUCGAAAAUAUUCGAUGGGCAUGAUGAGGGUAGUGAUGAUGAAUCUGAAGAAAACAUUAUUGCAUCCGGAGAAAAAAACUGCAAUUUUCCAGAACCGUCGGAAAAUUGCAAGGAAUGUGGUGAACUUAUUCCGAUUGUUGAUAUUGUUUCACAUAUGGAUUAUCAUUUAGCCUUAAAAUUAUCUCAAGAAUUACAUGCCCCUGACUCGAAACUUGUGGAAGGUAAAAAAAGCCUGAAUGAGAAACCCCCUAACAAAAAACGCAAAGUGUCUGAAGGUUUUGGGAGUAUUCAGUCGUUUUACAAAAAGCAGGAAAUCGGAUCAGAUGAAGUUACAGAAUUGUGUACUGAAUGUAAUAAAAGAAUUAAAAUUGAUGAUAUGGUGACUCAUUAUGAUUACCAUGCCGCUAAAAAGCUACAUUUAGAGUUGAAUAGUCCAAGUUCUAAAAGUGAGACUAUUAAUAAUAAAAUUUCUGAGCCUUCUUCUAGUUCGGUGUCAAGUAGGAGAAAUAAGAAAAAAAUUAAUAAUGGGAUGAAUAUUGCAUCCUUUUUCAAACCAAUUGACUCUUGACUAUUGUGGGCCCCCUAAGUAUUUGUGCAAUUUCUAAAAUCUCCAUCAGUAACACAAGUAACAAUAAAAUUGUAUAUAACCAUUACAGAUUAAGUUUUUAUUACUAAUAAAAGAUAUUGUUGGAA